AUGCGGCUCCGGCCCUCAGCAGGCCACUGGCAGGAUGGGCUCAUUUCCAAGUGCCUCAGCCUAACCUGGGAGGCGGGCAAGGGCCUGCGCCCUGGGGGUGCCGUCAGUCUGCUAGUGCCGCUCUCUCUGUCAGAACUGCACCGCCCAAAAAGGCGGCACACAACUCCGGGGGGCCCAGGUCACCGCUCCAGGCGCCAUCAGGGAUCCAGACUCCUCCCUGCGCUCGGCUUCCUCCCGUGGUCACAAGAUGGCUGCCCCACCUCCAGAGCAAGUGCAAAUGCAAAGCGGAAGGGAGAACUCAGAGGGCCAGUGAGCCUCCAUCGUCUUCACGCUUUCCUGGAAGUCCCCACCAACCGCAGGGGCCAGAACGUGCCCCGCGGCGCCCGUCAGAGACCAGCCUCCAGGCAGGCAGGUGUUGGCCCAGCACCCAGGAGAGAUGUGGGCGCCAGCUCCGCGCAGGCUCAGCGGCGGCGGCUCCCGCGUGCUGGCGGCAGCCUCGCCUGCCCACUUGGCCGCCGCCCGGACGCUGCCCCGGGGCAGAGCUGCGAGCCCAGGCGCGCGCCGCCUCGCCGAGCGCCCUCCAGCCGCACGGACGCCGCUGCCCACCCGGCCCGGAGACGGCCCCGGAAGCGCCCCCGGGGUGCGCCGGUCUCCCGCUCUCUGCCGCCCUCUACCGGCGUCAAGGGGGCGCGACAGCUACGCGGCAGGAGGAAGACUCGGAACUGCGGAGAGCGCACGCGCGAGCGCACGGACUCUCCGAGCCGCCCCCCCACCGCGUCUGCGCCUGCGCACCGCCGCCCCGAGGCCGUCUUCCGGUCCGCGCCUGCGCACGAGGGUGCCGCGCGAGCCCCCUCCCCCGCGUCCGCGCACGCGCGCAGGAUCGCGCAGCCCGGGACACGAGGCAGGCGGCAAGUGUCUAGUGGGAGGCUGGGGUAGACGUGGCGGACCUGGCGGCCGCGGGGCUAAUCAAGAGCUAGGAACCGCCAAGGCCGGUCCUAACUUGUGCCUGUUGUCCGGGAGGUUUUCUCCAGGAGGGUGGAGAGGAAGAGACGAGGCCGGGCCUGCGGCCAAGAGAGGGCCCAGCGCGGUGGGGCUGCCGCUGGAAUCGCUGGGGCGGGCGCAGAUGUGAGCCGGUGCCCCCUGGUCUCCGCAGACACUGAGAGUCACCGAUCGCCCCUCCCCCGCUGGCCACACCACACUCGCGCUUCCUGCGCGGGAGGUCUCGGUGCACACCGGCUCCCCGUGGUCUCCGCAGACACUGACAAAGUCACCAAUCGGCCAUCCCCCGCUGGCCACACCACACUCGAAGCGCGGGAGGUCUGGGUGCACACCGGCUCCCCGUGGUCUCCGCAGACUCUGAGAGUCGCCGAUCGCCCCUCCCCCGCUGGCCACACCACACUCGAAGCGCGGGAAGUCUGGGUGCACACCGGCUCCCCGUGGUCUCCGCAGACACUGACAGAGUCGCCGAUCGCCCCUCCCCCGCUGGCCACACCACACUCGAAGCGCGGGAGGUCUGGGUGCACACCGGCUCCCCGUGGUCUCCGCAGACUCUGAGAGUCGCCGAUCGCCCCUCCCCCGCUGGCCACACCACACUCGCGCUUCCUGCGCGGGAGGUCUCGGUGCACCCAGCGUGAUCCCGUGCCCACCCUCUACAGGCCUCGGCGGACACUGACGCCACCCAGUGCCCCUCUCUAGGACAAGCUCUGAGUGGUGCUUCCCGGCCAUGGGGUCCCAGCACUCAGCAUCUGCCCGCACCCACUCCUGCCCCUGGGGGACAGAUGAGACAGAAGGUGACAGCAGCGUGUCUCCUGUCGGUGCUCUGCCUCCUGGCGUCAGGCUUGGUGGUUUUCUUCUGUUCCCACACUCGGUCCUGGUGGAUGACGACGCUGUUAAGCUGGUGAGAGUGGCAUUCGACAGACGGGAGUCUGGUCAUCCUUGACAUCAGGGACUUGACUGAAAAUUUCCUACCCUGGCCAUGUGACCCAGAGCUCUUGGAGACGCACCACUGUGUGACUGUGGGGCUGAUUCCACAGCCGGGCAGCCCGCCGCUCUCGGGGCCCACGUGCCGUCCCCGCCCUGUGGAACAGGGAGCACGCAGCUCUCUCCCCCGCUGCACACUGUGCGUGCAGCAGACUGGACACCUGGGAAAGGCCGGCAGCACCUCAUUCUGAUCUGUUCAGCUGUGCUGAGGGCCCCAGCGGUGAUGGGAGGCCAGCAGCAGCUGCAGGGACCAGAGCCUUGGCCACCCACAAGAAGCACCAGCACCCAGGAUGUGCCUUUCCUUACCUCUUCCCAAAUGCCUAGCAACUUUUUGAAGUGCCAAAAAGGCUUUUUUCCAGUAGAGGACUUGUCGUUUUUCCCCUGCACUCAUUGGCUGGAACAUGGGCUGGGGAUUUGAUAGAAAAAUAAACCAUGGUUUGGACUCA